CCUAUUAUCUCAGCUCGGGCUCACGACUCCAUUCAAUCUCAAGCCUUUUAUUAGCCAGUGUGGUGUUGUCUCCCACGUUGUGCUCUUGAAGGCCCCUCUGGCAGGCAUGUCGGACUCAACUUCUCCACCUUCCCAAACAGAAGCGAUGGCACCCGAGGGGUGUUUCCCCCCUGGGUACAAGCCUUUCAACCCCGAGGAACAUGGCCUGGAGCGCGGCUUUCGUCUCACAGCCUACUCGGAGAUGAAAGGAUGAGGCUGCAAAGUCCCGCAGGAGGCUCUGCUCAAACUCCUGGCGGGACUUGAGCCAGACCGAACCGACGGGCCAGGGAAGGACGGAGACCAUGCACCUGAGUUCGCGCAACAGUUGCCCGGCCCUCGGCUUGGAGUGGGAAUGGACUGCUGUGUGAUCCCUUUGAGACACGGAGGGCUCUCUUUAGUCCAGACAACAGACUUCUUCUACCCCCUGGUGGAGGAUCCAUACAUGAUGGGCAAGAUAGCAUGUGCUAAUGUCCUCAGUGAUCUCUAUGCCAUGGGCAUCACUGAGUGUGACAACAUGUUGAUGCUGCUCAGUGUCAGCCAGAAGAUGAAUGAUAAGGAUCGAGAGCGUGUAAUGCCACUAAUGAUUCGAGGUUUUCGUGAUGCUGCCGAGGAGGGAGGGACUUCAGUUACAGGUGGCCAGACAGUGAUCAAUCCAUGGAUCAUCAUAGGGGGAGUGGCCUCAGUCGUCUGCCAGCCCAGCGAGUUCAUCAUGCCGGAUGGUGCUGUCCCAGGAGAUGUCUUGGUCCUAACUAAACCUCUGGGGACACAGGUGGCUGUCAAUGCUCACCAGUGGCUUGAACAGCCUGAUCGUUGGAACAAGAUCAAGCUUGUCAUCACCAAACAGGAAGUUAAAGAGGCCUAUCAGGAAGCUAUGUUCUCCAUGGCGACACUAAACCGAACAGCGGCAGGACUCAUGCACAAGUUCCAAGCCCACGCAGCAACUGACGUGACAGGCUUUGGUCUGUUGGGGCAUGCCAACAACCUGGCAGCACAACAACGCAACGAGGUGGCCUUUGUUAUUCACAACUUACCAAUUAUCGCCAAGAUGACUGCCGUCAGUAAAGCAUGCGGAAACAUAUUCAAUCUUGUUCAGGGCACAUCAUCGGAGACAUCAGGUGGACUUUUGGUUUGUCUGCCCAGAGAGCAGGCCGCCAAGUUUUGUUCUGAGAUGAAGAGCCAGGGCUCGGGGCCGGUAGGUCAGGGUGCCUGGAUCAUUGGAAUUGUAGAGAAAGGAGACCGCCGUGCUCGCAUCAUCGACAAGCCACGCAUCAUCGAGGUUCCACCACGAGGAAGCCAAGUAACCAAUCGGGAGAACAGCUCAGCAAGCCCUGUGCCUCUCCCCAAUUUGUCAUAGACUUGUGUUUCAUCGUGUGUGUGUGUGUUACUUUGGGGGGGGGGGGGUUUGACGACGACGACGACGACGACUGACGAUGACGAUGUUGUCGUUUCUUUUCCAUUGUUGUUGGGGUUGGGCCUUUUUAAUUUAUCUAAACAAAGGCCUUCUAAUGAGAUUCACCUUGUCAGAGUUGAAGCUGUACUGCUUGCCAUUUAAUUCUUAAACAAAUCAUCUAAUAAGCAAAAAAGCAGAUUGUGUACUACUGUGAAGAGAAACAUUCCAAAUCAUUCAUCCCUAAUUCCGAUACAAAUUGAAUGUGUGUGUGUGUGUGUGUGUGUGUAUGAAUCUUUUUAGGUGAUGGUGCCUGCCCCGUUUUGUUGUCUGUAUUUGGAAAGGAGAUGUUGAUGUGUGAUUGAAUUUAUACCAUGGAAAUCCAAUAGUUCAUCUGUGGUUGCAUCUGGCUCAGUUCAAUCCUGAGGAAGGUUGAGCAGCUUCCUCUGGACAAACCCACUGGUUCCAGAUGACCUGUAUCAGCUGAUUGGUCAUCCAGCACCAAGUCACUUACAGCUUCCUGUUUAUGAAGCUCCACGCUAUAAACCCCUGCCAACGGGGACAGGUGGAGUUGAUGUUUUUUUUGGAGGCAUGUGGACUUGGCUUGCUGGAGGGCUAAAGCGGUUAGUAGAUUUCCUGCUCGUCACACUCAAUAAAAAAAAAAAAA